UUUAUUUUCAUAAUAUUAUUUUUUUUGAAAAAGGAAUGAUGAAUUAAUAAUAAUUAAUUAAUAAUUUGUGUAUUUUUUUUCAAACUGCAGAUACGUAUGCUUUGACAUGUCUAAUGGUUCAUUUAGUUUUGAACAUCCCUUUAUUAAUCAUGGCAACACAAACGGUGCCAUCCUUAUGAAACCUAAUACUCCUUACAUCUCUAAACUGUCUUUGCAUCUUGUUAAAAUUGAUGAAGAUUCACUUUAUAUGAAAAGAUUGACCAAUAAAAGAACUGAAGUUAAAUGGCCAAAGGAAAUUAAUCCCAGAUCAUAUUUUGUUGGAUGUCAAUGGUUUGAGGAUUAUGCAACGGUGGCAAUUACGAGCAGAGAUUUUCAAACAACUUGGUAUCUAUCCUGCACUUAUCAAAAACCGAGUGGAAAAUGUAAAAUACUUUGGACAAAAGAUUGGACUCUAACCAAAGGCUAUAGCGAUAUUUUAUCUGCAGGAUUUAACGAUGGUGACAAAUUAAUAACAGUAACUCCGUCAAAUUCUGAAAAGUCAACAUCACAAAUUAUAAUGAUUAAUACGACAAAUGUCAAUAUUCAUUCUUUAACAACAAAUUGUUUAUUUGUAAUGGAACUUGUACGAUGGGAUAAAGUUCAAGAGAUUGUAUACUAUAUAGCAUCGAAAAUUUCAAAACCUGAUGAAAGACAUCUUUAUAAGUCCUUUUUUGGAAAUCAAUCACAUCUUCAAGUUUAUUGCUUGACGUGUGAUGAUAAUAGUGAUAAUCCAUCAAAAAAUGAACGUAAUCGAUGGCCAACUUGUCAUUAUUCAUCAGUAACAUUUUCUCCCAAAGGAAGCUAUUACUUAUUGGAUUGUCUUGAUGAUAAAGGCGAUCUGAAAAAUUUACCUGAAACAUUUAUAGUAUCAACUAAGAGCAAUAUGAUAGUACUCACUUUAGAUAAUCGUCAAAUUGAAGAGGAUAAUUAUAAAAAAGUUUUUUAUGAUGUACCAAAAUUUAAAUUUUUUCAGUGUCCUAUUGCUGAUGGAAAAUACAAUGCAAGAAUUAAACUUCAAUUGCCGCCUAAUUUCACUUCAGAUAAAAAAUAUUCUUUAAUUGUGGGAGUUGAUUCAAGAAUAGGUUCACAGCAAGUCAAUCGAAAAUGGAAGAUUGAUGUCGGUACUUAUGCAUCUAUCGAAAAAGAAUACAUCUAUGCUGUGGCUGAUGUCAGAGGUUCUGGAUAUCAAGGAUAUGAAUUUGAAUCAGAACUCUACAAUAACAUUGGCAAUCCUGAAGUGGAUGAUCUUCUGGAAGUUCUCCAUUGGAUGCUGAAUAAACUUCCAUACAUUGACUCCGAUAAUGUCUUUGUUCAAGGAGAACAAUAUGGUGGAAUGGUUGCUAUUCUAAUUGCCCUAAAAGAACCAAAUUUAAUUAAAGCAAUAGCUAUUUAUCAUCCUCCUCUAUUUUGGAAUGGGACUUCCGCUUUUUUCGCUGAAAGACUUCUUGGACUUCCAACUUUAGAUGAUAAUUACUUUGGAUACAAAGCCAAAAGUAUUGGUGAAAAUGUCAAUAGAUAUCGAGAUAUGAAAAUUUUAAUUGUAAUGGAUAUGAGCACAAACAGUGGUGGACACUCACAACAAAUUUCAAUGAUGAGAGACAAAAUAAAUAACGAGUCUUAUCAUUUUGAAUUUUUGAACGUAAUUUAAACCUUCUUUAAUUAUGUUAUAUCAAUUAAAAAAAAAACCAUCAAUGUUUUUAUAUAAAAAAAUUUUUUUUUUACUA